UCCAUUUCUUGCUCCUAUACCAUAGUGCUGGUGAGGGGUGGUUGUAUACUGAGAAAGUGAGAGGGGAAAGAAUGGCAGCCUCAUUACAAGCAGCGGCAACAAUGAUGCAGCCGACCAAGGUCGGCGUUCAAGGGCGGAGCACUAACGUGCAGCUGCUGAGGUCUUCUCAGAGCGUUUGCAAGGUGUUCGGUGUUGAGCAGACCGGCAGUGCAAGACUGACUUGCUCAGUAACUGAUGCCAAGGACUUGGCUCAAAAGUGUGCCGUUGCUGCCAAGGUUGCUGGCUUUGCUCUUGCCACUUCUGCCCUCCUCGUCUCGGGUGCAAGUGCUGAGGGAGCCCCAAAAAGGCUAACAUUCGAUGAAAUUCAGAGCAAGACAUACCUAGAAGUAAAAGGAACAGGGACGGCUAACCAGUGCCCAACCAUCGAUGGAGGUGUUGACAAAUUCACCUUCAAGCCUGGCAAAUACAACAUGAAGAAAUUCUGCUUGGAACCCACAUCGUUCACUGUCAAGGCCGAGAGUGUGAGCAAGAACGCCCCGUCAGAGUUCCAAAACACCAAGCUCAUGACCCGCUUAACCUACACCCUGGAUGAGAUCGAGGGACCCUUUGAAGUAUCUCCUGAUGGCACGGUCAAGUUCGAGGAGAAAGAUGGAAUUGACUACGCCGCUGUCACAGUUCAGCUCCCAGGUGGCGAGCGUGUGCCUUUCCUCUUCACCAUCAAACAGCUGGUGGCGUCGGGCAAACCAGAGAGCUUUAGUGGGCAGUUUCUUGUACCAUCAUACCGUGGCUCGUCUUUCUUGGACCCAAAGGGAAGAGGUGGUUCGACUGGUUAUGACAACGCGGUUGCACUGCCAGCUGGUGGGAGAGGAGAUGAAGAGGAGCUUGUGAAGGAGAACAUAAAGAACACUGCAUCGUCAACUGGGAAAAUCACAUUAAGUGUUACCAAUAGCAAGCCUGAAACCGGGGAGGUGAUCGGAGUGUUUGAGAGCAUUCAGCCAUCUGACACUGAUUUGGGGGCGAAAGUUCCAAAGGAUGUGAAGAUCCAAGGUGUCUGGUAUGCUCAACUCGAGUCAUAGUGAUUUUAACAUUGAUGUAUUACUAGUCUUGGCCCGGAUUUUGUGAGAAGGGGAAGUCUUUGUGAACUUUAUUGUAACCCCCUUUGGAGAAACAUUUUGAGGUGGUCGUUGUGCUUGUAUAUUAUCAUGGCUGCUUACAAUAAUGUUUUGAAUUUCAAGCCUGUUUUUGGAUUCAA